GCGCCACCACUGGGAGGGACAUGAAACAGAUGAGACGCGUCCAAAAAACGAAAAAAGAAUAGCCGAAUAGCUUCGUUGAAUUUCCUAGUUUUCUAGUCGCUGUCUCAACUGUGCCAGCCCGUCGUAACUGUCGACUACACGUUUGCCACUGGAGACGUUCCUCGGUUGGCUAUGAUCUGCACAAAAUGAUGACAGAGAAAAGUGGAGAUCGCAUUUGGGCACUCUUCGUUGACGCGCGGGAAAAUGAUGUAGCUAGUAUCAAGUCUAUUUUGCGGAGCAAGAACUUACUCUCGAGCACAAGAAAGGCUGCUAGGGUCGGAGAAUCAACGGUAGCCUUUCCCCUCAGUAGCGCAGAAGGACUACAGGACCUCCACGAUGUAGAGCUGAAGCUCUCAGACCCCGAACUCUUUGCACGUGUGCAUAACGAGUGCCCUUACGAAAAACUUUUGUGUGGCAUCAAGGGACUGUUGCGUGCCAAGGGACUCGUGCUGGAUGACUCCUUAUUGGCCGAGGUGCCAAAACAUUGGCUCAGGCAUGGUGAUUUGGUGCUUCUCCCAAGCACUGCUUUCGCGCACCCAUUCUGGCAGCAGCUUGGCCAGGACCUGUGGCGGACGUGCUGCGACACCCUGAGGUGCUCUCGAAUUGCAUGCAACGGAGCUGUGACACCUGACGGUUACCGUUCUCCCACUGCCAAGCUGCUCCUUGGCGAGGACGGCUGGGUUGUUCACGUUGACAAUAGAAUCAGGUACACAUUUGACAUCACCAGAUGCAUGUUCAGCCCAGGAAAUGUGACAGAGAAGCUCCGUAUCGCACGUUUCAAGUGCCACGGCGAAACCGUCGUCGAUCUCUACGCAGGUAUAGGAUAUUUUACCCUUCCGUUUCUGGUGCACGCUGGAGCUGACUUGGUGCAUGCGUGCGAAUGGAACCCUGAUGCAGUGGAAGCCCUUCAACGAAACUUGCACCUGAACAAGGUUCAGGAUAGAUGCGUCGUCCAUUUUGGGGAUUGCAGAGAGGUAUGCCCAGCAGGCGUUGCCGACAGAGUCAACUUGGGCCUGAUUCCUUCUUCUGAAUCAGGAUGGGCUACGGCUUGUAGAGCGCUAAAACCCAAGGGCUGGAUGCACGUGCACGAAAAUGUACCGGAUGACAAAAAAGAGACGAGAGUGCGCCAAGUGUGUGCUGCUAUGGAACAGAUCUUCCUUCAAGUUCGUGGAACGGCGUGGACUGUUGAGUGCCUACACGUGGAGCGUGUUAAAUCCUACGCUCCUCACGUGCACCACGUUGUUAUGGACUUGCGCUGUGAGCAGACGCUAAAGGAUAUGUCCUGACGGACACUUUGCGUGCGCACCGCUGACGGGAACGAAUGCUUGUGAUCAGUGGAUGUCCGUGUACACGAGCAAUGUAAAUAAAGGUGUUAUUUUGUGUUA